AUGGCUGCUCUCGAGGAUUUGAUCCCAGUUGUAAACAAGCUCCAGGACCUUGUAUUCAAUACCAUUGGAUCUGAUACUCUGGAUCUUCCCCAAGUUGUGGUUGUUGGAUCUCAAUCAUCUGGUAAAUCUUCGGUCUUGGAAAAUAUUGUUGGUCGAGACUUUCUUCCAAGAGGUACAGGUAUUGUCACUAGACGUCCUUUGAUUCUUCAAUUAGUAAAUAUUCCUUCCAGUGCACCUCCUACCUGGACACAAAACGACAAUACUGGCUAUGGAACCAACAAUGUAAAUAACGGCUCAACUAGUUCCAAUAGUACCACCAGCAAUAGUCUUUCCAGCUCACCUGCGUCUACUCAUGGAGCCAUUGCUGGUGGCGGUCCUAAUCCUAACGCCACAUUCGUUCGUGAAGCUGAAUGGGGUGAGUUUUUACACAUUCCAGGCAGAAGAUUCUAUGAUUUUUCAGACAUUCGCCGCGAAAUCGAGUCGGAGACUGCCAGAAUCGCUGGUAACAACAAGGGUAUUAACCGUUUGCCCAUCAACCUGAAAAUCUUCUCUCCUCAUGUGCUUAACCUUACUCUGGUCGAUUUGCCAGGUCUUACAAAAAUUCCUAUUGGAGACCAACCUACCGACAUUGAGCGACAGACCAGAGGACUUAUUUCUGAAUACAUUGCCAAGCCCAAUAGUAUCAUUCUCGCGGUAUCGCCUGCUAAUGUUGAUUUGGUCAACUCAGAAUCACUCAAGCUGGCACGUCAAGUCGACCCCCAAGGAAAACGGACUAUCGGCGUUCUUACUAAACUAGAUUUAAUGGACCAAGGUACAAAUGCGUUGGACAUAUUGUCUGGCCAUGUAUACCCAUUAAAACUGGGAUUUAUUGGUGUCGUCAAUCGAUCUCAACAGGACAUCCAAGAAGGAAAAUCACUGGACGAGUCUUUGACCGCCGAAAAGAACUUUUUUGCUACCCACCCUGUUUAUAGAAAUAUUGCUCACAAAUGUGGCACCGCGUACCUGGCCAAGUCCUUGAACCAGACCCUCAUGGCCCAUAUUAGAGAUCGAUUACCCGACAUCAAGGCUCGUCUUAACACGUUGAUGGGCCAAACUGAGCAGGAAUUAGCUUCUUAUGGUGUCGAUAGUUCGUACAGUAAGGAGAACAGAGGCCCAUUAAUCUUGCAGCUCAUGACCAGAUUCGCCUCGUCUUUCAUUGCAAGCAUUGAAGGUACUUCUUCAGAAAUCUCGACCAAGGAGCUUUGUGGUGGUGCCAGAAUCUACUAUAUUUACAAUGAAGUGUUCGGCCAAUCUUUGACUAACAUUGAUCCUGUUGGUACUUUAUCUCAUAGCGAUGUUCGUACUGCCAUUCGUAACUCUACAGGACCACGUCCAUCACUUUUCGUUCCCGAGCUUGCAUUUGACUUGCUAGUAAAGCCACAGAUCAAGCUUCUAGAGGGACCUUCGCAGAGAUGUGUUGAGCUCGUGUACGAAGAACUCAUGAAAAUAUGCCACAACUGUGGUUCGACUGAGCUUUCCAGAUACCCUAAAUUGCAAGCCAAACUUAUUGAGGUUAUUUCUGAUUUAUUAAGAGAGAGAUUAGGUCCCACUUCUGCGUACGUAUCGAGUCUAAUUGACAUUCAGCGCGCUUACAUUAAUACUAAUCACCCUAAUUUUGUUGGUGCCGCAGCUGCAAUGGCUUCUGUGCUGGAAGAAAAACAAGCAAAGGAGAAGAAAGUCAAGGAAUUGGAAAAGGCUGCUCAUGAAAAGAAACUUCUUGGAGAUUUAGCAUUCAAUGGAUCUGCUGCUACAGAUGGAUCCGACACUCCUGUAAGCGGCCAGGAACCGCCUGCUGACCAUAUUCUUCAAAAUGGGUCUGCUGAUCAAACCAAGAAAAAGCACCGUCCUAGUAGCUCGUCGAAUCCUAUUACUAAUAACGUUCCUGCUACUCAUGAAGCCACUCCAAAUGGCCAUAAAGAUUCAUUCUUAAACUACUUUUUCGGAAAGGACGGUGCUGAACAAAGCUCUGUAGGAGGUCACAGUGCACUCUCUGCCCGCAGUAAGGAUUCGCCAUUUAUUCAAUCUCCUGCAGCAUCUGACCCCUCAUCCGCUCGAUUUGACUUGCGCGAUAUUGAAAGCAGUCUGGACAAUCCACUGGAGCACUUUUCUGAGCGUGAACAGCUGGAGUGCGAGCUCAUUACAAGAUUAAUUAUUUCCUACUUUGACAUUGUUCGUGAAAGUAUACAAGACCAGGUUCCCAAGGCCGUCAUGCAUUUGCUUGUCAAUUUCAGUAAAGAAUCAGCUCAAAACAGAUUGGUCAGUGAACUGUAUAAAGAGUCUCUCUUUGAUGAUUUAUUAUAUGAAGAUGAGACCCUGGCUCAAGAGCGGGAAAAAUGUCAAAAUAUGUUGAAAACAUACAAGGAGGCUGCUAGAGUGAUUGGUGAAGUAGUAUAG